GUUAAAUUCCGUUUGUUUUGUUUUUUCUUUGAUUCUAAACUGAAACUCGUUUCUUUUUCUUUUGUCUUGACUUUGUUUAUGUCGAUGUUUGAUUUUUGCAGCAGGUGAGCACGAGUUUGAACAUCAGAGCCUUGUCAGAUCCCAGAGGUCCUGGUUACCAUGGCGGCCAACGUGACGCCCGCAGGCUGUGGCCCCAACGUGGACUCGCUCUACCACAACCUGUGUGACCUCAGCGUGGCGUGGGGCAUCGUGUUGGAGGCGUUUGCGUCCGCUGGCGUCGUCUUCUCGCUCGUGCUCUUCAUGUCGCUGCUGGCCAGUUUACCCUUCAUGAAAGACAAGAACCGCCGGAGCUCAGUGGCUCUUCACGCCGGCCUCCUGGUCUUCACUGCCGGACUCUUCUGCCUCACGUUUGCCUUCAUCGUGGGGAAGAACUUCUCCACGUGCGCGUCGCGGCGCUUCCUGUUUGGCGUCCUGUUCGGCGGCUGCUUCUCGUGCCUCCUGAUGCAGAGCGUGAGGUUGAACAUCCUCACCCGGCGGAACAGCGGGCCCCCGGCCUGGGUUCUGUGUCUGGGCGCGGUGGGUCUGUGGUUGGUGGAGGUGGUCAUCAACACCGAGUGGUUGAUCAUCACCGUGGUUCGUCUCCCGCUACCGCCGCUGCCGCCGCCACUCAACGGCACAUCUGAAACCAGCAGAGCCACUGCGACGCCCUGCAACAUCGGCAACGAGGACUUCGUCAUGGCGUUGAUCUACGUCAUGGUUUUGAUUGUUGCCAUGGUGAUGGCGAGUGCGGCCGUCAUGUGCGGCAAACACAAGCGGUGGUUGAGGGAGGGCGUGUGCAUCUUCUUGGCCGGCGUCCUCUCUGUGGGGAUUUGGCUGGCGUGGAUCGUGAUGUACAUCUACGGCAACGGAAAGCACGGCAGGCCGGCGUGGGACGACCCCACCCUGGCCAUCGCCUUGGUAGCAAACGCCUGGACGUUCAUCAUCGUCUAUGCCAUCCCUGAAGUCUGCUGCUUGAGCGGCGACAGCGAGAACCAGCCGGGCGCCGGGGAAGAGCUGUACGCCAACCAAGGAGUUGGAUACGAGAACAUCCUGAAGGAGCACGGCACUCAGAGCAUCUUCCUGGAGAACAAGGGUUUCUCCAUGGACGAACCCAACCCAGGGGCCAAACCCGUGUCACCGUACAGUGGUUACACAGGUCAGCUGCGCAGCUCAGUCUAUCAGCCGACUGAACUCGCUCUCAUCACCAAAACUGUGGGAAACCAUCCUCCAGACACCGCGUCACAUGACCUGGUGAUUCCGCGAGCGACCGCGUCCUCGACGGUCGAGGGCAGGAGCAGCACGCCGUCCACUCACACCAGGACUCAGACAAACGGACACGGCGGAAACAGUCUUCACAGGACGUCCCACUGGUGAAAACUCCGCCCCCUAACAACAACUUCCUGUCACGUCUUCUUCUUCUCGAACGCUGAAGAAAACUCUUCGGAAAGAUCCGAUCUUUGUCUGAGAGUCAAAGUUUCAGAAUAAGAGUCUUUUUGCAAACAUUCACAGAAGAAGAAGAAAAAGAAAAGUUCUGACACGGUGGAAGAGAACUAUUAAGCCCCGCCCCCAAAAAACACAAUUCGCUUUAAAUGAAACAGAAUUUUUGUUUCAUGGAGUUAAAAAAACAACAUGUUGUGAAUAUUGUUUAUAGCGUACAUGGAUUUCAUGUAUGAAUAUGUUGUAUAUUUAAUAUUUAUCAACAAUGUGCUACUGAAUCAUUUUGAUCUAAUUUUGCUUUUAGCUUAAAAAUGAUCUUUAUUUGUC